AUUCUCCACUUUCUUAAAAUUAUCAUUUAUAUAGACAAAGUUUCUCAAACUUUGUUCUAAUCCAAAAAAACAUUCUUAAGCUUUUUUGUAAGCUUUGUCAACUUCAUAUAUUUAUACAAAUUUGUGUGUUCAAUGAGGGAGGACUCAAGUUUUGUAAUGGAAAACAUAUCAAUGAAUGGAAAUAUGGAGGAAGAAGAAUUUGAAGGAGUUGAAGAAAGAGAUCCAGAAAGAAAUCCAAUGAAUGAACCUCUUCUAAAGAGAAAUAGAACACUUUCUUCAAAUCCACUUGCUCUUGUUGGAGCAAAAGUUUCCUACAUAGAAAGCUUAGAUUAUGAGAUCAAUGAGAAUGAUUUGUUCAAGCAAGAUUGGAGAAGUAGAUCAAGAUGUCAAUUGUUACAAUACAUAUUCUUGAAAUGGUUACUUGCAUUUCUUGUUGGACUUCUUACUGGUAUUAUAGCAACUCUUAUCAAUCUUGCUGUUGAGAAUAUUUCAGGAUAUAAGCUCCUAGCUGUUGUUGAAUACAUCCAACAAGAAAGGUACUUGAUGGGGUAUCUAUAUUUCACAGGAACAAAUUUCAUUUUGACAUUCAUUGCUUCAAUUCUGUGUGUUUGUUUUGCUCCAACUGCUGCUGGACCAGGCAUACCUGAGAUCAAAGCUUAUCUUAAUGGUGUUGAUACUCCUAACAUGUAUGGUGCUACAACUUUGUUUGUUAAGAUAGUUGGAAGCAUAGGAGCUGUCUCAGCAGGUCUAGAUUUAGGAAAAGAAGGUCCAUUGGUGCACAUUGGUGCUUGCAUUGCAUCCUUACUAGGCCAAGGAGGUCCAGACAAUUAUAGAAUCAAAUGGAAAUGGCUAAGAUACUUCAACAACGACCGCGACCGUCGUGACCUAAUCACGUGCGGAGCUUCUUCAGGGGUUUGCGCGGCUUUCCGAGCACCGGUCGGUGGUGUUCUGUUUGCUCUUGAAGAGGUGGCAAGUUGGUGGAGAAGUGCUCUCCUUUGGAGAACUUUUUGUAGCACAGCUGUUGUUGUGGUUGUUCUAAGAGCAUUCAUUGAACUUUGUCAUGAUAGAAAAUGUGGUCUUUUUGGUGAAGGUGGUUUGAUUAUGUUUGAUGUUAGUAAUGUUGCUGUGAGUUAUAAUGUUAUGGAUAUUAUCCCUGUUGCUAUUAUUGGAAUCAUUGGUGGUGUUUUGGGAAGCCUUUAUAACUAUCUUCUCCAUAAGAUCCUUAGGGUUUAUAAUCUCAUCAAUCAGAAAGGAAAAAUAUACAAACUCCUUCUAAGUCUCUCAGUAUCAAUUUUCACAUCAGCAUGUCAAUAUGGUUUACCAUUCCUAGUAAACUGCACACCUUGUGAAUCAUCAUCACUUCAUGAACAAUCAUCAUCAUGUCCUACAAAUGGAAAAUCAGGAAACUACAAACAAUUCAACUGUCCAAAAGGCCAUUAUAAUGACCUUGCUACCCUUCUACUCACAGCAAAUGAUGAUGCAGUUAGAAACAUUUUCUCAACAAACACACCUCAUGAAUACCAACCUUAUUCAAUCCUAAUUUUCUUCACACUUUAUUGCAUAUUAGGUUUAAUCACUUUUGGCAUUGCUGUUCCAUCAGGACUUUUUUUACCUAUUAUAUUAAUCGGUUCGGGCUAUGGUCGCCUCCUCGGAAUCUUAAUGAAACCUUACACAAACAUUGAUCAUGGUUUGUUGGCUGUUCUUGGUGCAGCUUCUUUGAUGGCAGGAUCAAUGAGAAUGACUGUGUCACUUUGUGUUAUAUUUCUUGAAUUAACCAACAAUCUUCUUUUGCUACCGAUAACGAUGAUUGUUCUUCUCGUGGCGAAAACCGUUGGAGAUAGUUUCAACCCAAGUAUUUAUGAGAUUAUACUUCAUUUGAAAGGUUUACCUUUUAUGGAUGCAGAUCCCGAACCGUGGAUGAGAAAUUUAUACGUCGGAGAACUUAUCGAUGUGAAACCAUCGGUUGUUAGUUUUCGCGGAGUUGAAAAGGUUGCUAACAUUGUUGAGGCUUUGAAAAAUACUACACAUAAUGGUUUUCCUGUGAUGGAUGAUGAUGUUGAAGUUGAGAUAGUAAAAUUGCAUGGAGUGAUUUUAAGAGCACAUUUGAUAAAAGUGCUUAAAGAAAAGUGGUUUUUGAAAGAGAAAAGGAGAACUGAGGAAUGGGAAGUGAGGGAGAAAUUUUCUUGGGUUGAGUUGGCUGAAAGAGAAGGGAAUAUUGAAGAUGUUGGUGUUACAAAAGAUGAAAUGGAAAUGUUUGUUGAUCUUCAUCCUGUUACUAAUACAACUCCUUUUACCGUGUUAGAGAGUAUGUCCGUAGCAAAAGCUAGAAUCCUUUUCAGACAGGUUGGGCUUCGUCAUAUGCUCGUUGUACCGAAGUAUCAAGCGACCGGGUUAUGUCCUGUAAUUGGGAUAUUGACAAGGCAGGAUCUGCUUGCAUACAACAUUCUAUCAGUCUUUCCCCACUUGGCAAAAUCUAAAGGGAGAGAAAAGAGGAAUUGAAGCUCUUCUUAUAUAUUGAAUGGUUAAUGAUCAGUUUAUUGGAAAAAGUUUCUACUUUCAUUCCACAAAUAUUUUUUCCCCUCAGUUUUGUAUUAUUUUGGCCAAUACAUAUAGAGUGAUAAGAUAUGUAUAAUAACAAUGUUACACUAAAAAUAUAACAUUAAAAAAUAUCAAUAUUAUUUUUAAAAUCAUUAACA